UUUUUUCUUUUUCACAAACAACAAUGGCGUCGCACGGAGCAGAUGCGGGUUCCUCCAAGCCCAUAGCGUCUUCGGAGGAGCAGCAGGGGGAGAGAAAACCAGCGGCCGUGUCGUUUGGUUUCACCAAAACAGCCAGUAAAUUUAAACCGUUAACGAGCGACGCUCAGGCCAAGAAAGAUGACAGAGAUUACCUGACAGGAAUUCAUGGACAUGAGCUGCAAAGUUCAAAGCCAAGUGAGAAACCCAAGGAGCUCAUCAUCCCUCUGAUCCAGAAGAACCGCUGGCACAAGCCGGACCAAGUGGGCCAGAACUCAGAAAAUGGAGGCAAAACAGAAAACAUAACCCAAGACAAUGACUCUGUGGAGUCUCAAGCUGUUAAGGAGCUCAUUGAAGAUUCGCGGAGGCAGCUUGAUCUGUGGCAAAAUGGCCCUAAGUCAGAAAACAUAAACCUCUCCAUCCCCCUGUUAAUGCAAAACAAAGUGCCAGAAGGCUUUGAGGAUGGAGACCAAGUAAAGGUGGACCUGAGGCCUGAAUCUUCAACAGAGGCAGAUUAUGAGCGUGUUCCUGUUGAGGCUUAUGGACUUGCAAUGCUUAAAGGGAUGGGUUGGAAGAAGGAGGAAGGCAUUGGACGUACCUUUAAACAAGAUGUGAAGCCAAUUGAGCACCAGCUGCGUCCGAAAGGAUUGGGUCUUGGAGCAGAUCGUUCGGCAGUAAAGGACCUGGAGCCCAGCAAGCAUCAGCGUCCCCCAAAGCCAGGCGAGGAGCGGGGAAAGGAGGAGGAGCUAGUGAUGGGUCCCGGGGGUUGUGUGCUGGUACAGUCGGGGCCACAUAAAGAUCUCUAUGGCAAGAUAGAAGGUGUUGAUCCAGACAAUGCUCGAGUCAUGGUGAAGUUGGCUAUUGGCAGCAAGGUUGUGACGAUUAGCCAAUACGCCAUUAAACUGGUGGAGCGCAAGGAAUAUGAGAAAUACAGCAAAGAUCUCAGUCGCCUCAGUAAAGCCCACAAAGACAAGGAAAGGGAGAAAGAGAAGGGAAAGGAUCAAGAGAGAGAGCGUCAGAGGCGGGAGGAGAACGAGAGGAGUAGUAACGGCGACAAAGUAAAACACAAGUCCUCAGAAAGAGAUCGAGAAAAAGACGAGAAGAAGAGGAGACACAGAGAAUCAAGUCAAGACAGAGAUAAGCCUCCAGUGAAAGAAGCAAGGCGACCACCAGCUCCCCCGUCCUGGCUCCAGAGAGACCUGAAAGUUCGCUUUAUAGACAAAGCGUUCAAAGGGGGCAGGUACUACAAUUCAAAGAUGCAAGUGGAGGAUGUCCUGACGCCGUCUACCUGUGUGUGCCGAACUGAAGAGGGAAGACUGUUAGACGAUGUGAAGCAGGACAUGCUGGAAACUAUUGUCCCAAAAAGUGAAUAUGAUUCUGUAAUGGUGGUACUGGGUGAGCACAAGGGAAAGGUUGGCCGUAUUCUUCAGCGGGACAAGAACAAGUGCAGAGCGAUGGUCCAGCUCGACAGAUACGAGGAUAAAGUGUUCACAUUGGACUAUGACUCCAUUUGUCACUAUGUUGGGGCAGCAGCAGACCACUGAUUUCUGAUGUUUACUGUAAUAUUCACUGUCCUUUUUCCAUCGACUUCAUCCCAGCUGGGGUUUUUUUUUUAUUAUUAUUCAAGUAUUAUGGAUUUUAAAAGAUUGCAAUUUUGUAAUAAAAACUUGUCGAGAUUUUUUUUUCCUUGUACAUAUGGCAAUGCAACAAUUGAGAAAAGGCUGCAACAGAUAAUUUUCACAGUAGUCUUAAGUUUAUUAUCAUGUUCACUGAUGGGUCUAGUAACGAGAAGUGAACCUUUGGGUCAUAUAAAAACAUAUUUACAAAUGCUCUACACGGCAGGAGUAUGAAUAGAGAAGCUGUCCAAAAAAGUUCAGCCCUUGAUUUCUGACAUGUACACAUUUCACAAUGAAAAGAAAAGCCUGUCAAACUAUGAUGUUUAGCAUGUGAGCAUAAUGAAGACCAACUGUAGAGUUGUGGGUUUUAAGUUGCUGUCUUCGUAGUAUUUGCUUUUACUCCUUGGGUAUUUGGUUUGCUGCGUUAGCCCGAAGAACAGCUCCUGGACUCGGGUACGGACGCUGCUGGAAGAGAGGCCCCGCUGCUGUAGUGUCUGCACCCGUUUUUGCUUCAUUACGUUUGGGCAGCCCACUUGACCACGACCCCCUGCAAAAAUGAAUACGUUUGUGUUAACUGCAUUUGUAAUCAGCACUACAAUGUCUUGUGUCUGAAAAGGGGUUUUGUCAAGCCUGAGAAAACAACCUUGAUCAAAUUGCAAUGACAAUCUCAGCUUGGUCUUAGGAAUAUUUUAAACAGAAACCCUGGAGGUGUAGAUCUUUAAUAGACAUUUCCACAGCAGACAAUUUGGCUCAUGGUGGCAGGAAAACUGCAAGUGAGGUAAAUUUAGUUAACGAUGGCUACAGUAUGUUGCAUUUACAGCUACAAUAAGACUGACUGCACAUACAAGGAUAAUGAAACUAGCGUGCUGAAGUAGUUCUUUGAGUUGUUUUGAUACCUGUGCUUUCUCUGACAUGCCAAGUCAAAAUGCUGUUUAAAAAAAAUAAAGUGUAUGGCCCCUUCCCAGCGUUCACACGUGUUCCUGCUCUGAGGCCUCAGAGCUCAUAAGGAUACGAGGCCUUUUUGCAAGUCUUUAUUUUAUGCUCAAGGGAAUAAGUGAGUUGUGAUAAAAGCUGGUCAAAUUUGGUCAAAUAUUAAGAAUAUCUUUUAUGAAAAUGGGAGGAAAACUAAUCCAGUUCACUAUGAACAUUAUGCUACUGCAAUAAAAUCUGCCUCUUGUUGAGGUGUUGUGCCUCGCAUGAAAUGUAGAUUUAUGUGAGCUCCCUAAACCAGGGAUAUCAGCUAUGCUGAUUACCAUUUUGAAUUUUGAGAGGACACACUCAAAAACUGUACCUGUGCUAUGUGAGGGUUUAGUUCUUACGUCUAAGAUAAAAAUGCAUGAUGGGAAUUGAUUUGGUCUGUCUCUCAUAACUAUUUUUCAACAAGUGCAACACAAUGAUUCUGGCAAAAAUCAGAAUACCAGAGAACGACCUGUAUAUAGCUUAUAUCGAGGUGACCAUCUGUACUGUACCUUGGAGCAUCAGAGUAAGCACUUGGAUCCAUGGGGUCCAUCUCAUCAUCUUUUCUACCUGUAAAAAAUAUUAAGUGUUCAAUAUUCAAUCGUGUGAAAGUCGCUGAUGUGUAAACGUAAUGAAUCAGAUGUAAACAUUACCUUUUUUGCUUCGACUGUAUGGUGCUGCCUCAUCUCUUCUCUGCUUUCUUCUGUCUCUGUCCCUCCCAUCAUCACGCUCUCUGUCCCGGUCCCUUUCCCUGUCCCUUUCCCGAUCUCGAUCCCUUUCCCGAUCCCGGUCUCUGUGUCGUUCUCUGUCCCUGUCUCUGUCUGGUUUCUCAACUUGCUUCUCGCCUUUUUCAUCUCCUCCUUCUACUAAAAACACAAGUUAAGGCAAGGAUCACAAGAUUAGCCAUGGCUGAAAUCUGUCAAAAGCAAACUGUAUUCUGAGGUUGUACAUGCAAAGUAGCACACGUCAACUGUAACAGAACUGAAAUUUGUGCUUCUUGAAAACAUUACAUUAUAGAGGCUGAAUAAAAGCAUAC